CUUGGAGCGCAGGUCAGCGCAGACGCCGGCUGGGGAAACUGCGAGCCUCGCAGGGCGUUGGUGGAGGAAACGGGGUCGCCGGCCCCACUGCCCUCGCCGACAUGCACAACGCAUCAUUCUCGGAGCUAGGGCCAGCCAACACGUCGUGCUUGGGCCCUGCGCUGGGCUGCCCCAACGCGUCGAGCCCGCCGCCGCCGCCGCUGCCACUGCCGCCGCCGCUGGCGGUGGCGGUGCCCGUCGUCUACGCGGUGAUCUGCGCAGUGGGGCUGGCUGGCAACUCGGCAGUGCUGUACGUGCUGCUGCGGGCGCCCCGCAUGAAGACCGUCACCAACCUGUUUAUCCUCAACCUGGCUAUCGCCGACGAGCUCUUCACGCUUGUGCUGCCCAUCAACAUCGCUGACUUCUUGCUGCAGCAAUGGCCCUUCGGGGAGCUCAUGUGCAAGCUCAUCGUGGCCAUCGACCAGUACAACACAUUCUCCAGCCUUUACUUCCUCACGGUCAUGAGCGCCGACCGCUACCUGGUAGUGCUGGCCACAGCCGAGUCGCGCCGGGUGGCUGGCCGCACGUAUAGCGCCGCACGCGCUGUGAGCCUGGCCGUGUGGGGGCUCGUGACGCUGGUCGUGCUGCCCUUCGCGGUGUUCGCCCGGCUCGACGACGAGCAGGGCCGGCGCCAGUGCGUGCUGGUCUUCCCGCAGCCGGAAGCCUUCUGGUGGCGGGCGAGCCGCCUCUACACGCUUGUGCUCGGCUUCGCCAUCCCCGUGUCCACCAUCUGCGUCCUCUACAGCAUCCUGCUGUGCCGGCUGCGCGCCAUACGGCUGGACAGCAACGCCAAGGCUCUGGACCGCGCUAAGAAGCGGGUGACUCUCUUGGUGGUGGCGAUCCUGGCCGUGUGCCUCCUCUGCUGGACGCCCUACCACCUGAGCACCGUGGUGGCGCUCACCACUGACCUCCCGCAGACGCCGCUUGUCAUCGCGCUCUCCUACUUCAUCACCAGCCUGAGCUACGCCAACAGCUGCCUCAACCCCUUUCUCUAUGCCUUCCUAGACGACAGCUUCCGCAGGAGCCUCCGCCAGCUGCUGGCCUGCCGCGCUGCCGCCUGACAUCCUCCCGCCCCCCUCCGCGCGCCCUGCGCCCCAGUCCUGCCCGCUCUAGCCCCGGCCGGUGCAGAGGGAGCGGGCGCCCGCGGCGCUCUGGAGGCUUCCCUGAGCUGCAGUCUCCUGUCCCCAACCCCGAAAACUUGCUAAAGAUGCAGAUUCUUGGGCUCCGGUUCAGACAUAGGGAAUCGGACGCGCUAGGGCUGCGCCCUCAAUUUGAAUUUGCCAAGCCCUCCAGAUGAUGCAAGAGCACACUAAGUAUAAGGACUGUUGAGUCUGAGAACCCAGGCGGAACUCUCUCUAAUCCCAAAGGGCACCGAGUUGACCCCCGAAUUUGACAGGGGAGGGCAGGAAGAGGGGAGAAGGGCGGCAGUGGUCCUGGGAACCCCCUGCCGGUCCCCCCCCCUCCACCCGCCCAGAGCCUUCGCAACCCAGGCUCUAGGUGGAGCCCUCUGCGCUAUCCCGGAAUGCGGGGAGGCGGGGAUGGGGGUGGUGUCUAGAAGAGGCUCGAGGAUACCCCCAGGCGUCGGCUCCGCGCUCGCCCUGCACCUUGCUACUUCGGUUUCCGGCAGCGACUGCCCGCGCCUUUGCUCAAAACUGGCGAGCAGCCUGGUCAGGACCUUUAGCGCCUCUCCGCUCGUCCUAAUCGCUGGGGAAAAGGGUCAAGGCUCCUGGGUUCGGCGCCCAGCGCUCUAAGGUGCAGGGGGUCUCGUGGAGGGCGCGGGAGUGUAUGUGCAUGCGUGUGUAUCUAGCGGGAUUGGGUGAAGGUGGUUGGAGCUUGGCUGUGACUACCUACAAUGGUGAUGAGAACAGUGAUAAUCCCCCCUUCCUGUUUUAGCUCCUUUUCUCUCUGCUUUUCCUUUUCCCUACUCCUACUUUUUGUUGAAAAUGCUCCACCACUCUCAGACUUUGGGGGAACCCAGCUCGCACUGCUGGGAAAGGCCUGGAACCGGGAGUCUCCCAGGCGCGCGGUUGUGGCGCCCCCUUGCGGGGCCUGCUGCCCGGCCCCGAGCCUCCGAAAAUAGAGCUCUGCACAUGCUAAAUGGCAUCUUAACACCUCUGGGUUACCAGUCCUCGCCGCUUUCCACAAUUGACCAGUACUGCUAUGUCCCUUUGCCCCAGGUGAUCUCUCAUACGGCUUGGACCAGUUCGUUGCAAAUCUUCGUGCAUUGUUUUUCGGACUGAGAACUUUAUAAAUAUAUAUAUGUCCUAAUCUCACAAGUUUCUGUGAGGACCACAUGAAAGUGAAAUGUGUAUCCGUUCCUUCUAUCCCUUUCUCCUCAUAUUCUUCAUCCCUUUCGCCUGAAGGAGAGCCAGGAAGCUGAAAUGACUGACAUCUUCAUAUUUUCCUCUAUUGGGUUCCUUUCCACAGGAAGCUAUUCCUUAGUGCUAGUCCGGUGAAUCUGGUAAAUAAUCUAGUUCUGUAAUCACAAGGGAGCCUGGCCAGCACCCUAUCUUUAUUUUUAUCUUCACUUAAGGGAGACAAAAAUGGAUUAAGAGAGGACUGAGGCUUAGGUUUACCCAACCAUCUGCAGUUUACACCUCAGACAUGAGAGCAGAGCCUUAACCAGACUAUAGCCCUUGAUUACAGUGUUUCAAAGGGUUAGUUUUUCUUUGGGAUUAAUUCCAAACAGGAAUGAAAAUUUAUAGAAAUGCUUGUUUCUUAUAGUGCAGUGUUAGGUGCGAAAAAGAGUGUGAGUGUUCCCGGCAGGUUUUGCUUGCUUUGUUUGAUGUGCGUGACUCAAUUUCUCAAUUAUUUAGGUACAAAAUAUCUUUUAAAGUCUAUAGAAGGAACUGAAUGGAGCACCAGGUGUUAUACGCAAACAAUGAAUCAUGGAACACUACAUCAAAAACUAAUGAUGUAAUGUGUGGUGAUUAACAUAACAUAAUAAAAUAAAAAAAUAAAAAAUAAAAAUAAAGUCUAUAGAAGGGAAAAAGUCUCCUUUGGGUGGGAGAAAGCAAACUCCCUUUCUGAUUUUAGUGAAUGAGAAUUGAUUCCUUAGCCCUCAGUGUUAUUAGUAACAGUAAUUCAUAGCUAUCAGUUAAAAAAAUGUAAAUUUAGAAACCUUCUACCUCUAGUAAUCAAUAAUAGUAAAUUGUGCAAAAUACAGCUUUGUUUUUUUAUGUCUCCAUUGCAUUUUGAAUGUUGUACCUUUGAGCAGUCCUUUGCUGGUGGGCUUCAGAGACCUCUUGGAAUUCAUUGCAGUAUCUUUCAAAUUUCUUGGAAACAUUUUAUUGAUUUUCUUUAUGAUUCACAAAAUUCUUUUAUGAAUCAGUACUUUUUUUAAAAUUAAAGUUUUAAGCUUAGAGUAACUGCCACAUUAUCUAAGGUGAUGGACAAAGAGUCAAGUGGAUAUUUGGCCACAAACACAGCCAGUUGCAAUCAUGAGGAUUUGAAACCUCAUCUGUUUUCAUAAACAGAUAGCUGUACUUUGAUAUUCUCUGGACACAGAGUGGGGGACAGCUGAGUGAUCCAUCUGUCUACUGUGUCAUCCUGGCCACAGAUUCACCUGGGGGCUGUCUCAGAAUCUUGGAGAGGACUGUUGGAAAAGAUGGACUGACAUCGCUGUGUUGGCUACAGCGAGGCAUGGGUAGGGGUCCUAGUAUGGUAUGUGGGGGAUUAGGACUCAGUUCAGUUUCACCCCGGCUUUCUAAGUCAUUGUAUAAACUAUUGUGUUGUCAUUUCUAGGUUGUUGCCUUCAUAUUAGCAUGUAGAAAUCCAAACUGUAUGUCUCAGCCUUCCUUUUUAUGCCUUAGGUACUAGGUAGAAUAAAAAACAGCCAUGUACAAAUAGAUUUUACUUACAUCAUUCUAUUGCAAAUGAUGUCUUAACUCUGUGUGGAAUUCUUGCAGUCUUUGUGUAAACUAUGUUGUUUGGUUAUACCAUUUCUGAUGUUUAAAAAUGUUUAUUUGGUUUUAGUUAUCUUUUACUAAGAUAUGUAACUACUUUACUAGUUAUGUAAUGUGUGUGCUUCAUCUUUCGCUUGAGAAAUGCAAACAUGCUGCUAGUCCAUACUGAGAGAAGCUCAGUUUAAAAUAAAAGCUGAA